AUGAAACGGUGCAGAGAGAGUGAUUUUGCGGCAUGGGUACUUAUUCACGGCUACAUGAUGAACCAUCUUGCAUUUUCUGUUCAUCGACUCAAACACCAAUUCAGUGACAUCAAAUGCAUCAAAGAGUAUCUAGAAGAAAAGGGAUUCGAACUCAACAACGACAGAGGAAUUCUCAAAGUGAGUCAAGAUGGUCUACUAUUACAAGUGUCAACCAUCUCGGAGAAGAUUGCGUUUGAAUUUGCAGAUGGGGUCACUGGAACAAUCCCGGCUUCAUACAUUGAGUUCACUCAACGUUUGGUUCUUCCGGAGUUCAAAGAUCUGCCUCAUAACCAGAUUAAAGAGUUCCAUAGAGGCGAUGGAUUUGAUUUGGGAAACGCAGAAACCAUUUUGGAAAGCGCACGUUUCACCUCAGAUGUCUAG